AUUGUAUCUCAUUACUGAACUCUACGGACAGGCCACUUAGCUCUUAGCAUUUUGGAAUUUUUUUUUUGGGGGGGGGUCUUUAUUUGCAUUUUGUAAAAUGGUCCGUUUGCAGAUAUUUGGAACUUGUAAGCCACUGCACUACCAUGAGAAUGAAGAAAAGAUUAUUUUAUGACACAUGAAGUAUGGAGUGUGGAUGUUUAAUGUUUUAAUUUUGAAGUUUCUUUUCCCAGCUGAUAGCAAGAGAUAGAAAUAAGAAGAAAAAAAAAAGAAAUCUCCAGCAUGCCCAUGGUUACAGGGAUUAUGGAGAGCAAGGAGAACGGUGCUGUGGAUGUGAAAAACUCAGUGGAGAAUGGGAGGCCACCCGAUCCAGCUCACUGGGCCGUGGAUGAUGUUGUAAAUUAUUUCAAAUCUGCAGGAUUUGAAGAACAAGCAAGUGCAUUUAAGGAACAGGAGAUUGAUGGAAAGUCUUUAUUGCUUAUGACAAGAAAUGAUGUUUUGACUGGACUUUCAUUAAAAUUAGGCCCUGCGCUCAAAAUCUACGAAUACCACGUGAAGCUUUUGCAGACCCAACAUUUAAAGAGCGGCUCUUCCUAGGAAUGAAGCAAAUGGAGUGUAUAACACAGCCACAUCUUAAUCAAAUAUGCCCAGUAAGAUACUUGAUUUAGGAAAGAGAAAUUGACCAGCCCUGCGUGCAGAAAUAUUCUGUAACUUCCGUGACCGUUUUGAAAGGGAAGUAAACUGACGUGAUUUUCUGCUGACAUGAGGAAAAGGCAAUUCAUAAUAGUCCCUUUGGCGUAUGUUUAUGUCUAACAGUGACAAUGGCAACUUGAGUUACUGGAAAAGGCACAUAAUACUGUGUAAAUGUGAUUCUACUAAAUACUACUUGAGCCAUCCAUUGAUAUUUCCAUUGGACCCAGGUGCUGACAGCAUGUGGCUAGUAAAAUAUUACGCUUCAAGUCCUAUCGGCUCCUGCAAGCCAGAAUGUUUGUUUUUGUAAACAAGAGUGAUGGCUCAAAAUGGUUCCAUGCCAACUGCAUUUUGCUGUAAGUGAUGAACUUGUUGUACAUGCAUCAAAAGUUGUUGCUAGCAGAGUUGUCUGUUGGGGUUCUGUUCACUUAUAGCUAUGUCUGGAACCACAUUGCACUGCCCAAGGCUUUGCUAUGCAUUGUGGGAUUCAACAUCUACGGAGUCCUUUGUUAACAGGGAGCUUCCCCAGAACUAAACUGCAGAUUUAUAUACUUAAGAUGACAAUCAUGCAAUGCAAAAUAUAUUUUUAUUUGUGUGUUUACAUUGAUCAUGACUGGCAGCCUUACUGACUUUUGGCACUGCUCGAUGGAACAUAGAAUAAUAGAAUAUAUGUAUUUUCUUGCUGGAGA